CUCAUUGACAUGCGGAGUCGCGGGGAACCAUUCUAAUCAGUCAACACCUCAACAAACAGUGAGAAGUCACUACCUACUUGCUUAAAUUGACCUGUCGAACUCAUCUUCGCAUCGAGCUGCCUGGAGAACCCCCGCUUCCCGCAAGCCUACAUCAACAUGGAUCAGCAACUUCCUCUCUCCCCGCCUUCUGAGCCGACGCCCACUCCCACAGCCAAGCCGGUCCCGCUGGACUCCCCCGUCCGCACCACAGCAAUCCACGAACUACUGCCUGAAAUCCGUAUUCCCGGAGAGGCUCUCCCGCCAUAUAAGUUUCACCCGGUCACUUGUGUUCCCAUCGACGAGGAGGAUAUACGCGCUGAGAUCGAAAGGUUACGCCAGGAAUUCCCGUCCCCAGAGGCGGCAUUAAAGGCGCAAGAACAAGUCGCAAGAGAAGUGAAACAGAAGCUGCAAGACGCCGAGAAGAAGCGCGAAGAUGUCCAGAAAGCCAUGGAUAAGAAGAUCAAGGAACGUAACACCGAAAUGAAGGUCUUGUCGAAGUUUCAAGACAAGCCUUCAGGAAUACCGUCUUAAAGUCCGUUUCGACCCCGAAGCUUU